AUGGAUGCACCUCGCCGAAAAGCCGCGGACCCCGUCAGUGCUGCCAUCGCUGAGAAAGCUGCCGAGUUGCUGUACCCUGCGCCCGAUCAUUCAUUGGCACCGAUCAUCAAAUACGAAAGGGACCUCGUCAAGCUUCGCAGACACGUGGUCGAGCAAAGAGUACGGGCCAUCGAUACAGCGACCAAAGAGAACGAACAAUACAGUUGGCGCCAUCGUAUCAUCGAGCAAGGCCCUUGGGAUCCUCUCAAGGACCCCGUUUCCCUUGACGGGUCGCCUAGUUUGCCUAUGCCAGUUCAAAUUUCGGAACCCAAGACGUUGAAGCCCUUCUUUGAUCACCUCAGAGUCGGUGGUACCGAGAAGCAGGCCUCGUCAACGACAGCCACUGAGAGCUCAUCUCGAAUCCAGGAGCCUCAUUAUGAGGUGGAUGCUCUUGAGUUCGAGAGAGGUGUCGUAUAUUCUGACCGUCGAAUGGACCUAUGCAAAAUGGUGCUCGGUCCAACGAAUAUCAAAGAUCUCUUGGAGAGCUUGAAGUCCAAUGAGUUCAUCACCCACUUCUUGCUCGGCAAUAACAUCAUCGGACCAUACGGUGCGAAGUGUAUCGCCGAGUUUCUGCAGGAGUACCCAGACCGUAUUGACACUUGGUAUUUGGCGGGCAAUUGCAUCGACGGAACCAGCUUCAAAGUGUUGGUCGAUCAGCUUGUGAAGUCUUCCACAGUCACGAACAUCUGGUUGAAGCGCAAUCCAUUGGGACCGUCGUCUGCAGAUGACCUGUUUCGACUAAUCACCGAAACGCCCAACCUCCGCACUUUGGAUCUUGAUCAGACCGAGCUGGGUGAUGUUGGUGUCACCAAUCUCUUCUCCAAAUUGGCUGCGUGGGAACAACCACUUCCUCUUCGCCACAUCUAUCUCAAUGCCGUUGGUAUUGGUCUCAGUGGUGCUACCGCGAUUCGGAACUUUCUCGCUUCGCCGCACUGUCGACUGGAGUCUCUGUAUGCCUCUAGUAAUCCACUAGGAUCUCCUGGUGUUGAAGCUCUUGCCGUAGGGUUGGCUGCCAACAAGAGCCUCACCCGCCUAUCGCUCACAUCGGUUGGCCUAACUGAUGACGGCACGAUUACACUCUGCGAGUCGCUUUAUGACCAUCCAACACUGAUGACGCUGCAACUUGGUCACACCUACGCCACUCGUGAUCUCGAUGCCAGGUUCAAUUGGAUAACCGACAAAUCCGCGCCCGCCAUCCAGACCCUGAUAAGCCGUUCGCAAAUCGCCUACCUAAAUCUCAGCUUCAGCGCGCUCACCCAGGUCGGCUUGAACCAGAUCCUUAGCGCUGUCGCCUCCUCCCCUUCGAUUCAAUACUUCUUCGGCAAAACCAUCUGGCCACAAUCCCGCGAAGCCGAAGCAAUCGCCGAAGGCCAAAAGCACGCAGCCAUGGCCAAGCAAGCCCACGACCAUAUUGUCGCAAACAUCAAGCGCAUAUAUGGUGCGGACUACGAUUACCACACUUUCCAUGCUGAGGACAAGCGCUGGCUUCUCAGUGACAAGACUGAUGUGAGGAAAAUCGAUUCGGUGUAUCGGAAUAGGGAUGCGGGUCUGGCAAGGAGGCAUAUCAAGAAGUUGGACAAGUGGUGGGACGCGGAUGAUGAGACGUUGGCGCAGGUCAUGAAGGCGACCGGUCCGGUUUGCACUAUGAGGAAACACUGA